CCUCACAGGCUGGGGUUUUAGGGUCUUUGACCUGCUUAGCAGAAGCACAGGCWACAUUAACCAAUCACACCGGUUUUUAUCCCAGAUCGUAACUCCAAAGUCCAGUUCCUGAAGGUUUUCAGAAAGAAAGAAGUGCUUUUUCCAGAUGUGGUCCCUGAUUUUCUUCUGUCUCCCUGUCUGGGCUGAUGCGGCCUCCAUGUAUGGAGAGAUCUUGUCACCCAAUUAUCCCCAGGGGUAUCCCAAUGAUGUGAACCAAUCUUGGGAGAUCCAGGUCCCUUCAGGAUAUGGCAUUCACCUUUAUUUCACACAUCUGGAUCUUGAAGCAUCRCAGGGCUGUGAAUAUGACUUUGUGAAGAUCCUGUCUCGUGGCUAUGUUGAAGGUGUGCUUUGUGGGAAGAAGAAACCUCGAGMCCCUGGCUCCUGGGUUGUGGAGGAAUUUUUUGUCCCUUACAACACCCUCACUGUGACCUUCCAAUCAGACUUUUCCAAUGAGGAGCGUUUCACUGGUUUUGCAGCCUACUACACUGCCGUGGACGUGGAUGAGUGCAUGGAUUUUGUGGACGAACCUUGCAGUCAUUACUGCAAUAAUUAUAUUGGAGGUUACUUCUGUAGCUGUCCACCAGAUUAUUUCCUCUAUGAAGAUAACAAAACUUGUGGAGUGAACUGCAGUGGAAAUGUCUUCACUGAGCCCACAGGGGAGAUUGCCAGCCCCAACUAUCCCAACCAGUACCCAGAGAACUCCAGGUGUGACUACCGAGUGUCUCUGAGCYCAGGCUACUUCGUGGUGCUGACCAUACGCAGUGGGGACUUCGACGUGGAACCGGCCGACCCCAACGGGACCUGCCACGACAGUUUAACAAUUGUCUCUGGAAAGCAGCGUUUUGGUCCUUAUUGUGGUAGCCAAUUCCCAGGUCCUCCUGAAAUCAGAACUAGGAGCAACAUUCUUGACAUAACCUUCCAGACAGACCAUGGCAUGCAACACAAAGGCUGGAAAAUACGCUACUAUGGGGAUCCUAUAACCUGUCCCAUGAGUGUCAUCCCCAACUCUGUUCUUGAACCRAAGAAGGACAAGUACAUCUUAAAGGACGUUGUGAGUGUGACCUGUGUGGAAGGCUAUGAAAUUGUGAGGGAACGAGAUAGCAUCAGAAGUUUUCUCUCMGGCUGUCAGGAAAAUGGUGAAUGGAGCAACUCCCAUUUGAGCUGUGUUCCUGUGAACUGUGGUGAUCCCCCUCCUGUGGACAAUGCCCAAGCCUCCUACGUUUCCACACUCCACGAGCCUCUGUACACAGCUGCUGUCCGGUACCAGUGUGAGGCACCCUACUACACCCUGGAAAACACAGGGGAUGUGGUGUAUCAUUGCUCAGCCAGUGGAGAAUGGAUCAACAAAGASAUGGGAACAAAGCUACCAAAAUGUGUCCCAGUCUGUGGGGUGCCUAGUAAUCCCAUCCAGGACACAGGAAGGAUUUUUGGAGGCACCCGUGCAGAAUUGGGCAACUUUCCCUGGCAGGUGUAUUUCAAUGACCCCAGAGCAAGUGGUGUGCUCAUCUCUGACAGAUGGGUGAUGACUGCGGCUCAUGUGCURGAGGGGUAUGAAAACCCCACCAUGUACGCUGGGGUAAUCGACGUUCGUAGAGACUCUCUGAGAUGGGAUGCUGAAAAGCUGGUCCCAGAAGCUACAUUCAUCCAUCCUGAUUGGAAGGAGGAGCCCACAGAAACCAGGAUCGAUUUUGAUAAUGAUAUUGCACUGCUGAAGCUGAGGGAACCUGUGAAGAUUGGUCCAAACAUCUCACCCAUCUGUCUUCCUGGUAAAUCACCUGAAUAYGAGCUGGAAGAAGGGACUCUGGGCUACAUUGCUGGCUGGGGCCGGAGAGAGGUAGGAAGACUCCCUGCUUUUCUUUGGAAGGUCCAGAUUCCAGUGGUGAACAUGGACAAGUGCCGGUCUGUGAAACCAGAGGGCUCUGACGACUCCAUCGUUUACAUAUUCACCGACAAUAUGAUCUGUGCUGGUGGUGGCAAGGACAGCUGUGAGGGGGACAGUGGUGGAGCCUAUGCCAUCCCGGAUCCCCUGAAUGCCACCCRAUACUAUGUCGCAGGGCUGGUCUCCUGGGGGCCAAAAUGCGGUACCUUUGGUCUUUACACCAAGGUGGUGCGCUACUUGGACUGGAUUAGACAGACCAUGAGCAAGCACGAGGAUGAGGAAGUUUGGCAGAAAUAGCUGUUUCUCCUUGCAGCACAAUCACCCUUUCCAAAUGUGGUACCUGCAUGUUUGGGCUGGCUGUGACCCUGUUCACUCUGUGCAUAUAAUGGGCAAUAUGUAAUAUUUUUAUAUAAUACAAAACAAAGUAUAACUCAUUGUGUCUACACUGAGUGGAGAGUCAGGGGUAUGGAUCUCUUUCUCCUAUUGUCAUUACAUCUGGGAAGGGAAAUUCUCUUUCUCCCACUCAUAGCAGUGUAAAAGGAAGUCAUUAUUCUGAAUAAAGAGACUCCUUCUGCUUCCUUUCAUUUCCUUCUAUCCUAUUUUUUCCCAUUUGGAGAAGACCUAGCCAUGCCCCAUUGAAACCUGACAAGGAGGUUUCAAUGAAGACAAGAGAGAUGAAUAGUUGGUUUCCAGGGAAGGUUCAGAGCCUGGUUUCUGGUUUAUGUAUUUCCUGUACUGUUCAGAAUAUCUAACAGCAUUAAAGAAUGUCCAAACUGCCUUUCGUGCAAUGUGCUCUUGUGUCUGUGUUGCCUUUCUUCUUCUCAGUAUAGACUGAGUUCUUGAAACUCCCUAAAUCAAGUGUCUGGUCAUAUCCUGAUCCACUAAGCUGCAGCUUUCAUCAAGCUGUAACUUGUAGUACCUCACCUCUCUGCCUAAGAGUCUUUAUGAACUUAUUCUGAGAUGGUUCCAUCUCACUGAGCAACCAUUACCAGCAAUGAAGACUUUGGAUUUCUGAAUUAAGCUGAA